UUACUGAAAUCAUGAAUCCUGUGUACAGCCCUGGUUCUUCUGGGGUUCCCUAUGCAAAUGCCAAAGGAAUUGGUUAUCCAGCUGGCUUCCCAAUGGGCUAUGCAGCGGCUGCUCCUGCCUAUUCCCCUAAUAUGUACCCUGGAGCAAAUCCUACCUUCCAAGCAGGUUAUACACCAGGCACCCCAUAUAAAGUAUCUUGUUCACCCACUAGCGGUGCGGUGCCACCAUAUUCUUCAUCACCGAACCCCUAUCAGACUGCUGUGUACCCAGUUCGAAGUGCCUAUCCACAGCAGAAUCCGUAUGCACAGCAAGGCACUUAUUACACGCAGCCUUUAUAUGCAGCACCACCCCACGUAAUUCAUCACACCACAGUUGUGCAGCCGAAUGGCAUGCCAGCAACUAUGUAUCCUGCUCCAAUUCCGCCACCAAGAGGAAAUGGUGUGACUAUGGGGAUGGUGGCUGGGACUACUAUGGCAAUGUCAGCAGGUACUUUGUUGACGACUCAUUCCCCAACUCCAGUAGCCCCUCAUCCAGUUACUAUGCCCACGUAUCGGGCUCCAGGAACACCAGCCUAUAGUUAUGUGCCCCCACAGUGGUGAUCAUCCUGGCAGUGUUUGAAGAUGGGAGAUAUGCAAUCAAGAAAUUGAGGUUUAAAAGUUGGUGCUGAAGCCCUCAUGCCUCCAACCAGGACUUUUCUUCUGAAUGCUUUCAACACUUGGCUAAACACUACUAAUUCCUGAUCACUGAAGAUUUUCCAGUGCUGCAUAUCUUACAUCUUGGAACUCCAGCAGUUAGUCUUAAAGCAAAUCCUGUUUUGUGGACUGUCUUGCAAUUUUUUAGCUAAUUAUAAUGAUAAAAAGGGAGUAUAAAUUUAUUCUGAUCCAUAUCUAGUUGAAUGCAUGUUAAAACACAAAAACAAAGCUUGCUCAAUCUACCUGCAGUGACUGAUGCAAAAACCAUCAUAUGCAAAUCCAAAGGAACCGAAAAGUAUUUUACAACUUGUAUCACUAAUGCACUGUUGUAAUGUAUGCAGGGUCUUAAAAGGUAGAAUCAUGAAAGUGAGUUUCUUUAUAGAAUACCGUAAUAUACGUUAGAUAAGUGCUUCAACCUUUUUGAGGUUGAUGGAGUUGCCAGUUUAGAAGGGGCACUUUUUUUUUUUUUUUUUUUUUUUUAAUUUAAGUGAUGUAUUCUGUUCAAAUUCAACUAACCCAAAUUGGAGUGACUGGAAAGUGAGUCAGACAAGCUGUAGAAAUCCUGCACACAAUUAGUUUUCUUCAUACCUUAUCAUUUUUGCUUUAUGGAUUCAGUGUUAUACAGAUGUUCUUACAGAUGUUCUUAAAGAUCACAAUGAAAUUAAAAAGGUAAUGCUAUGUGCAGGUAACUAAAGCAAGCUUCCUUGAGGCAAAUACUUGCUGUUAGGAAGAGGUGACAUCACCUGCAUGAUGAAUUAUACAUCCUGGGGAGAUGUAUCCAGUCCAAGCUUUCAUACGGUGCAAGAUGUGUCAAAGUGAGACUGCCACGCAGACCGAUAGAAAAACAUUUUCUUUUAGUUCUCAGUUCAGGAAAUUCAUGCUGUUUUUCCUAAAGAAUAUCAUAGUUGAAAAUGUAUGUGCAGUUGACUCAGCUUGCUUUACUGAAAUUUAAGAAAUGCUAGGGUUUUCCACCACAGACAGGAGGAGUUCAGCUGCAUCUUAUCCUGAGAAAGGCUUGUGUGCCUGAUAAGUAUGUUAAAGGGGAACAAACCAUCUUAACACAAUUUCCUUAUUAGCUUCUUGCAGUAUGGGCUAUGGAUAUGCUCUAGUAGGGCUGCCAGGUAGGGCUGCCAGAAUGUAGAGUUGGGGAGUUUUCCUGAAAACAUUUGUAAUUGUAGUAGGAGCCAUUCGUUGGUUACAGCUUUUUGGUGUAUUCCUUAGGAUUUUUUUUCUUUUUUUUUUCUUUUUUUUUUUUUUUUCCCCUAAGUUUUACUUGGAAGCACGUAAAAUAAGACUGACUGCAGAUAAGCAUUUCAUUGUAAUGAGUCAUUUCUGAUGUUCUUGCUUGCAACUUCGAUUUUUUAAAGAGUACCUCAAAGCAAAUGCUGUGGGGAUAAAGGGCUAGCCUUAGAACCCAUUUGUAUACCAAAAUCGUUAUGGGGAAGAUUUUAAAUUUUUAAAUUUGAAUAUUGCACAUAAAAUCAAGGUUUUUCUUAAACCUGCAUGAUUUAUGAUUCCAGAAAAAUGCGAUUUUGUUAUUUUGGAUACAUUCUACCUGCAAUAAAUAUGCAGUAAGUGGUUAUAAAACGUUGUUCCCUUUUAAGCGUUUACACAGAGAUAUAUCAGGCUGUAGUGUCUUGUAGGUUAAUUUCUAUUCAGAAGUGAUUUUUUUUUUUUUUUUUAAAGUUGUAUAUCUAGUUGUGCUUUGAUUUGGGGUGUUCUGCUCCUAUACAGAUUUGGCAGCUACUUCAGGGUAGCAUCAGUGCUGAUUUAAUGCUGCCAUUCCAGUACUCUGCCCCGGUGGGAGGCUUGUGUACCUGAUAACCCAUUGGUGGUUAGAGCCUUCAGUAACUUUAUUUUUUACAUUAAGCACUCUCCAUAUUUUUUUACUUCCAUGUGUUUUUUUUUUGUUGUUGUUUUUGUUGAAUAAAGUUUAGGAUUAUUUUGCAUGGAUCACUGUCAGUGGACGGCCCCCUUAUUUCUAAUGCCUUGAACAUAACUAUGGUGUUGAGAAUAAGUACUUUAAACCUUACUCGUGAGCACUUACUGCAGCUUAGGGAUUUCCAUAUGUUUUUAUAUGGAGCAGAAAGUUACCCCAGACAAACCAUUUGAAUCUGUACUGCUUUGUUCAAGUCUGUUUAACGAUUCCAUUUGUGUAGUAGGUUUGCAGCUUUGAUUAGUCGGGUGUGCCAGAGAGUACAGUGAACAUUAUUAGUACAGGCCGUUUGUCCAGUUUCGCUAGUAUAGAGUUGAGAUUUUUGUUGUCUUAGUAUGAUUGUAAUGAAAAGAGUUGAGAUGUGAAACAGUGCUUUAUUGGGGAGAAGCUGUAAAGAACAAGCUCUAAGCUUUGCUGUCUCCUGUCUCGUCACCCAAUAAACAAAAGCUUUGAAAACCAUAGGAGAGAACUUUCAUGAAUGCUGCAUUAGAUUCAUAGUCCAGGAAUGAACAUAAUGUCCUGUAUCUUUGCUCUGACUUCAGAUUUCCUAAAUGUUGUCUUGGAAUUGGUCUCUGUAUAGUAUUCCAUACCAUUUAGGCAGUCUCACUUACUUGAGCACUUUUUUCUAAGUUGCAUUAUGGGAUUCAUCCACGAGGGGGAAACUGUACCUUUUUGAAAAGGUAUCGCGCCUUCCAGUUUUGACUGAUGAUAAUCCACUGGGAGGGUGGAGCCGUGUCUCCGGUAGUUUGGUAUGGGAAGCAACCAAAAGCACAGUGCAGGGGGAUGGGGGGAAUAUGUGUGUAUAUAUAAAUAUCUUAAUGGUAUUUUGUUGCAAAUAGUAGAAAGCAUGGAUAUAAAACUGGUGGGGGAAAUUGUACAUCAUUAAGUAGGCGUUUACACAGUGAGGGUCUUAGGAAACAUUCUCUCCUGCUUUUUAUGUAACAUUCCCUAUUUAGAAUUCCUUUAUAAGUACAUGCGCAGUAUGUGUUUGCACUAGAGCUUCUCAGAGAAUGAAAAGAGCUAGUGCAGUAGAAACGUUUCAGAUUAAGCUUCUCUUUAAAAAAAAAAAAAAAAGAAAAAAAAACAAAAAAAAAACUUUAAUGGCAGCUUUAAAAGAAAGAUUAAAAAAAAAAAGUACUACUUUAAACCUGGAACUGAAGAUAACUGUUGCAGCAAUAACAAAGAGAAGUCCAUGUUAAAUUUCUUUUUUUAUUAUUCAAAUUUCAAGUGUUGAGUUUAGAGGAAGUAUUUUUAAGACUGAGGUAUUCCCUACGUCCGUAACAACUGAUGAAAGUGUCUUUUAAAUGUAGCAGCAGCAAAAUAGAAGUGGCUAACAAUUGGCACCAAAAACGCGUAGCCCUAGCCAGUGAUGUAGUGGUUAUUAACCAAACAGUAGGGAGGAGAGCAGAGAACCUACUACUAUCUCUUGCCAAUGCUUACUGUAACCAGACAUCUCCAGUUUGAAGUUUCUAGGAGACGUACAGGAACGUGCUGUUCACGAAAGCUUCUUUUGAGUGUACUAUGCAAGUUAAAUGCUUAGAUGCAGUGGUAGAUUACAAAAUUCCUUCAUUUUAGUUGAAGUUCUUCCUCGUAUCAUUUCAUCCACUGAAAAAAAAUGUAAGUACCACCAUGUCUUAGUGUUAUCGGAGCGCAGUUCAUGGUACAGACUUGUAUACCAGGGUACUUGACAUGUCGACUACUCUUCGUGGAGCGUUCUGGCUUUGCUUCUACUUGGGCAAUAGGCCACUUCAGGUAUCUGAGCAAGAAGUGGUCAGAAUUGACUUGGAAUCACUCCCCGGUGCUUAAGCACAGCAUUUAUAUACCGUUCAUUUGGGUCUAGAACAUGUUUUUGCUUGACUAGGUAAGCACGGCGAUCUGAUACCACCACUAACUCUAGGCUUUAACUCAUACCAGAGAAUAGUAAAUGCCAUGUAUGCGAAAUCUCCCGUGUUAGGAACAGGAACAAUAGCGAUGCUUCAGUACGUGCCACAGAAGCCCGAACAAAAGCUGAAACUUGUGGGAGAAGAGGACAGAUGCUGUGUGUGUGGACUUGUAACUUGCAGUUGCCCAGGGUGUGGUUUGUGCAGUAGUGGUAGGAAAAUAGGCGUGAGCCGCGUCCGCUUUUCUCCAGCAGGUGUCACUGACCGAGCUUAGCGUUUGCAGAGGGUUGAAAGCAAUUGUUAAUCCUCACCUUGAAAUGUUUGCGAGCGCCUGUUAAAAAGACAUGAAGAAUUAAGCUCAUUCAGAUUGUUUUCAUUAAAGUGUCAGCUUUCUAAUCUUGUAUUUUACCAACUUGUAAGCUUCGUGUGGAGACCCUCAGAAGUGAUGAGGUAGAAGGCCCACUGAAAGGAACAACCGCAGCAAAGUUAGGGUUGUGUUUGGCUAUCGAGCCUCGCAAAGAGUUAAGUUCAUUCUGAGAUCUCCAAGUUAGCGAGGACUUUGUCAGCAGUCCCUGUUCACCUCUGCUGGGGGGGGGGGGGAAAGUAAGAGAAAAUAAGGUGUGUUUUGCAGAGAGAAGAGAGGGAAGAGGAAUGGUGCUUAUCUGGGGACAAGGAAACCUUUUCUUUUGUCUGUUGAAUAGAAGAGUGAAACAGCUGAAUUCCACAGGUAGUAAGGGUCCGCUUGUGAAAGAAAAUAUUCUAAACAGUUCGUGGGCUCUGAAGUUUCAACAUCGAGAAAGUGAACGUGACUUUUCUAAGCUGUUGUGACUUUUGGGCACUUAGCAGGCAAACUGGGAAAGCCUUUUUAGCUGGCUGCUGUACAGACUUGUUUUAAGUAGAAUGGAUUUGUUAGUGUUUGUUUUUUUUUUUUUUUCUUAUUGUAAUGCUAUUAUUGGCUGCCCUCAUGUCUAAGAUUUGAAAAAGUGAGUGCAUGCAAUGGAAGUACAAGAGGCCCCAGUAAUAGUUCUCCAUGUUUGUUAUGAAAUAGACACAGGUUUCCUUUUUAUGACUUUUUUUAAAACUGUCUUACGAGCAGUUAUAUUGGUACUUUUUUUUUAAGUUUAGGUCAAUGUUGUCUUCCAGAAUAAGUUUUAAGGCAUCACUCACUCCUGCAUUGAACUAUCGCAUCAACACAAAGAGUGGAGAUUCCAUUCUGAGCCAGUUCAAUUGUGAAAAUUCAUACUUUUUUAUUUUUUAUGCAAUUCAAUGAGUAGAUGAGCUCAGAUUUAAAUUCUUAAAAGCACGUUUAUUGUAACAAGAAUUGUUAUGUAUUAAUACUUCAGUUUUCAAUAAAGAUUGACUUGUGUUGCUUA